CUCUGGCGCUAUAAGGCAGCAAUUUUACCACUAUGCCACUGCAGAAUUAUUGAUUUAUUUGUCUUCAUAGGAUAUUUGGUACCUCCUCAACUGCAACGGGCACUAUCCUCAAGACAUUGCAAUUAGCUUUCCCAAGAUCCAUAGAAUCAUGUCAUUCAUUGCGGUAAACACAGAAGUGAAAUACAGUCUGCAAAUUAAGAUUGCAGAAAAGGACAACUUAGAAAAAUGUUGGAACUCUGAGAUGACAACAGAACAAGUUUGAUUAAUGACUUCUCUUAUAAUCUAUACUUUUUGGAAGGUAUAAGUAAUUGCCCAUGAGAAUGGUGCAUAUGAAUUACUAGAUGAGGAGAGGCCAUGGUCCAUCUAGUUCUCCUUGUACCAUCCUGCUGGUUGCAUACACAACAGUAAUGAAGCUUUUGACCAAUCAUGACAAUCACUCUCAACAGAUGAGAAUGCAUUCAAUGUUUAAUACCCAUCCCUAUUUGCACUGAGAAAAUGAUGGCAAGGCACCAUAUUUGUGGACUACUUUGCUCCCGAAGAAUGUACAUCUACAAUUAUGCUGGUAAGGAGUUCCUGAAUUUGGAUGUAAAAUGAAGGAAUGGAGAGGCACUUCAAAGUUGAAAUGGUUCCUGGAAGGAUUCGUGGAGUACAAAGAUACAGGAUACUUAACGGCUCAGGAUCUACAUCAAGAAACAACAUUUCAUCCCUUUUCAAACCUUCUUGGCAUGCACACAGUCUAGAUGGAAUGGGUGACUCAAACCCCGAACUGGAAUCGUCUCUUUCGUCUUGUGUGCGGAGGCAGCUCUACUUCAACUUGUCCGUGCUGGAAAACAUGGAAGAGCUGACACUGGCUCAGCUGGAACUCUCCCUCCUUGGUGACCCCUAUCCCUUCCCUGGUGUAGCCACAGUCUGCACUUUAUCCAUCUGGAGUUUGGGGGAGCCCUCCAGCUCCAGGCAGGAGCUUGUGGCUCUGCAGUCCUUCCAAUCACUGCGUGGCUCCCUUUACUUCAACCUCACUCAUAUCUCCAGAGCAUGGAGACACCAGCACAGCAAUCAGGGGGCACUCCUGGAGAUAGGCAGCAUCUCGAUUGGGGAUCAUCAGGAGCUUCACCCAGCUUGCAGCAGGAUUGCCCAGGAUCUGCACAUCUCCCUGUUGGUGGUGACUCUGAAUCGGGAGAAAUGCAAAGCGUCCAGAAGGAAGAGGAGCUCCUUUCAGCUGCCACUUGCGUUCAGCCGUGUCUGCAAACGUAGGAGGCUCCAUAUCCAGUUCAAGGAUGUUGGUUGGCAACAUUGGGUCAUUGCCCCUCAGGGCUAUAUGGCCAACUAUUGCCAUGGGGAGUGUCCUUACCCACUGAGUGAGAGUCUGAAUGGUACCAACCACGCCAUUCUGCAAACGCUAGUACAUUCCACUGACCCCGGGCAAACCCCACAACCCUGCUGUGUCCCCAUUAAGCUCUCCCCCAUUUCCAUGCUCUAUUAUGAUAACAAUGAGAAUGUCGUUUUGCGCCAUUAUGAUGAUAUGGUGGUGGAUGAAUGUGGUUGCAGGUAGGAUAUUUUCCCUAGUGAAGAUGUGUUUUAAUUUGUAAUUUUUAAGACCUAGUGCUUUUGGCAAUGGUACCUUCCCCCACGGUAAACUUCGGUCUAAUGUUUUGUUUUGGGUGGAUGGUGGUGUGAAUUGAAUUUCAUCCACCUGAAUUGACAUCUAGCAUCAUCCUCAAACAUGUCCCCUUAAGUUAAUUGUCGAAUUAAAUCAUUUGAUUCAAAGUUGCAAUUAUGAUUGGAGGGUCAUUUUGACUUGAUUCACUAUAAACGUUUUGUUGUAUUUCUUCUGCAUAAUGAACCGAAGUGUUAACGUUCACGUUAAUGUACACAUAAGAGAACUGGUGCCAAUUGGCACACUGAAUAUUUCUUGGAUGUUUUUGUUUUAUUUCAGAUAUCCUGUAUGAAAUGAUUUUGCUUUAGUAACAGUGCUGUCAUUGAGCAAUUAGUAACUGUGGCAAGUUUAUUGAAAUAAAAGCAAUUAUUCCUCAUUC